AAGAGACGUCUGACAGGAGAGCAGAGAAGCUUCAGCUCGGCUUCCCCCUUAUCCCAUCUACCAGAAUUCCACCAGAUAUUCUUGUCGCUCUCCUUCUUGUUGUGCUGGUGGUAGUCGUAGUGCUGGUCUUCCAUUUGAACGGCGAGAAGGAGACUUUUUUCUCUAGAAAUCCAAGAAUUCAUAGGAAGCAGGAUCGCCGAAGCCUUGAAGAAUCUCUCAGGAAGCAUCACACCGUAGAAAGGUGUUUCUUUUUCUGGUAGCAGAAACCUAACUACAAUUCUAUUUAGGGAUAUUUGGAAUUCUCGGUGUGGCUUCUGUUUUUUCGUUUGUUUUUUCUAGGGUUCUAUCGAUAACUGUUCUAUCUUUUUGUAAGCUUAAUUCUUGCAAAGAUUUGGUUUUGUUACUUAGCUAAUUGAUUCACUUAAAAUAGUGACAAGGUUUCACUAGGACUAUAUUUUUUUGGUACGAAGUUCCAUGAAACCUGGUCUUAUUGAGUAUUUCAGUAUUGUUAUAAUUCAAUUGGUUGGGAUCUUUUUAGUUCUUAAAAUUUGAUGCCUACAUGAUUUUUUUUUUUUUCCACUUUGUUUUGAGCUGGACAUAUAGAUUAGAACUGAAUCAUUUAGUUGGGUCAGACGUCUGAGGUUGUAUAUCUGGUCUUGAUUGAUUCUUCCAUCUUCUUCAUGUUAGUUUCAAGUUUCUGAGAGGAAGUUGCCAAAUUAGUUUGUGAAUUUCGUUGUGGAAAGAACUCCUCUUCUUCCAUUUCAAACAAAUCCUUUAAGAAAUUCCCCUUAGGUUAAAUUUCAGAAAUCACUUUUUCUAUAACCAUUUUAUGUUUCUGGAGUAUGAACUAUUGUUAAGGAAAUCGUCUUCAUCCUGCGGCUAAAUCUGUUGAAGAGAACAUCAAGAAAGGGCUUGAGUAUAGCUGAAGCAGGAUUGUGGUGCUCAUAAGGUCAGGAAGACAGGGCUAAGGAGGACAAUUUUUACUUUUUAAUCCUGGGAUCACUGUGUAUUGCUGAGAUUGUGUGGAUCAAUCGGUGCUGUGCCAUGGUAGAUAAUGCACCUGUGGUGGCUGUUGCAGCAGAUGGACAAGAGACUGUGACAAGGAACAGUUUAAAGCCCUUGGAAGAAAUGGAUAAUCUUACAGAUGAAAUGUUUAAUAUUAUUACCGAGCUAGAAGCCCACUACUCCGACAUGACCCUGCUUGAAGGAAAAAGAAUUAGUGACAUUAAAGAGCGGGUUCACAGACUGGAGGAAAAAGUCCUCAUCUGGGAUUCUGAUCAGCCCAUGAUAUCAGAUAGGGAUUCCGAAGAAAUGGCCAAGUUUUUACAAGCUGUGGAUGAAGUCCGACAACUUAUCGAACAUUUAGGAAACUUGCAGUCCAGUGAUAAACAUGGGGAACAAAUUGAGCUCCUGAACUGCUCCCAUAGCAUUAUGCAAAUGGCAAUGUCAAGGCUUGAGGAAGAGCUGGUCCACCUUCUAGUUAAGUACCGGCAGCCUGUGGAACCCGACAAUACAUCUUUUCGUUCAGCAGAGGAGGAGAUUGUGCAUGAUUACUCGAGCAGCUCAUUUGAUGAGGAAUCCAUUGAUGGUAAGAUUCAGAGUGAUACUGAUAGAGAUUCAGAAGAUUUUGUGAUUGAUUUGAUCCACCCUAGUGCAAUUUCCAGUCUUAAAUCCAUUGUUGAGUUGAUGCUCCUGUCAAAUUAUGACAAGGAAUGUUGCCAAGCUUACAUCAGUGUCAGAAAAGAUGCACUUGACGAGUGCCUGGCUGUUCUUGGUAUGGAGAAACUCGGCAUUGAAGAAAUUCUAAGAAUGGAUUGGAAUGUCUUAAGUAGCAUGAUAAAGAGGUGGAACCGAGCAAUGAAGGUGUUCAUCCGGGUCUACCUCGUGAGUGAAAAACACCUCUGUGAUCUUAUCCUUGGAAACAUUACAAGAUCAGAGACAGAUAAUUGUUUUGUUGAGAGCUCAAGGAAUUCGAUCAUGCAACUCCUCAAUUUUGGUGAAGCUGUAGCUAUUGGACCUCCGAAGCCUGAAAAGCUGUUCCGAAUGCUUGAUAUGUAUGAGUGUCUGAAUGAUCUUCUUGGAGAUGUAGAAGCUUUGUUCCUGGAAGAGUAUGGUUCUGGCAUCCUAACCGAAUGUCAUGAAGUUCUACUGAGAUUAAGUGAAUCUGUGAGGGGGAGUUUCAUGAAGUUCAAGUAUGCGAUUCAAUCAAACACAUCAACCACUCCAUUCGCUGGGGGUAGGGUCCAUCCUCUUACAAAGUAUGUCAUGAACUAUAUAAAAGCCCUUGCUGAUUAUGGAAAGACUCUUGAUUUGCUUCUUGAGGACCUGGAUGAAAAGGGUCCAAUUUCAGUAGCAGAUGAUGGUGGGACAGACACUUCUGUUCAUUCUUCUCCAGUGGCUUGGCAUCUUCUGUCAGUGACCUCGAUUCUUGAAUCAAACCUGGAAGUUAGAUCCAUGUUGUACCAGGAUGGUUCAUUACAAAAUUUCUUUAUGAUGAAUAACAUUUAUUACAUGGUUCAAAAGGUCAAGGAUUCUGAUCUUCAAAACUUUCUAGGUGAUGAGUGGAUUCGUGCACACAAAAGGAAGUUCCGGCAGCAUGCAACAAGCUAUGAGAGGGCCUCAUGGAGUUCAGUCCUCUCUUUUUUGAAGGAUGAGGGGAUUUGCAGCCGAGGUUCUAGCACUCCUUCCACCACAGUCCUCAAGGAGAGAUUCAAAAGUUUCAACGCUGCUUUUGAAGAGGUUUACAGGAUUCAGACUGGUUGGUUCAUUCCAGAUGUCCAACUUCGAGAUGAACUGAGGAUCUCAAUAUCACUUAAGGUGCUGCAAGCAUAUCGGACAUUUCUGGGUAGGUACUCUGCCCAUCUGGAUGGUAUAAGACACCGAGACAAGUACAUCAAGUACUUCCCAGAUGAUCUGGAGAGGUACUUAUUAGAUCUGUUUGAGGGAUCACCCAAGUCAUUGCAGUAUCCAUACUGGAGGUGAAAGUUUGAUAUCAGCACCGGUUUCCCUUCCCUUCUUUCAUGAUCAUCUUGGGCCCUGCCAGUGUACAUAAAUUUUCCGAAUGUGUUUAUGUCCACUCUGGAUGCAUGUGAUGUAUGGUGAGUUUCUGAAGUAGUUGGAUCUCCCUUUUCUCUCCAUUUGUGGUUGUUGUUGUAUGAUAUAAAUUAAUUGUGACUUAUGCGCACAAGUUCUUUCUCUUGAGCUGCUUGCUCUGGUUGUAAUACAAUCAAAAAAAAUAUAUUAUGCAUAUCAUGGUAUUCUCAUUUCCUUGUACACAUUGAAACAGUUUUCUAUUGGAAAGAGGAAUGUGUUUUGGUGUCCCAGAUUUU